AUGAAUAUCUAUGUUGGCAACGUGCCUUAUACGGUUAGCGAAACCGACCUCGAAGAACUCUUCGGAGAGUAUGGUCAGGUAGCGACGGCUACGAUUAUCCGUGACCGGUACGAUGGUCGCUCCAAAGGGUUUGGCUUCGUUGAGAUGGAAAACCAAGAGGAUGGCGAGCGAGCGAUAGAAGCAUUGGAUGGCCAAGAUAUGAGUGGACGUCCGUUGAAAGUCAAUCCUGCGCGCCCUCGCGAGCAACGCCGCGAGCCCCGUCGGUAUGAUGACUCAGACAGGCAUAUGUAG